AUGCUUCGAAUCCCGGUUCGAGAGUGGGAACUUGAGGAAAGCGGUUUGCACAUUUUGGUAUGGAAACAGGCGUCUAAAGACCCACAACCGAAGAAAGGACAAACAGUGUGGAAUGCUCUUCAAGGCCAGGCGCUAGCACAGUCAAGAAUCGCACAUCAGGCACAAAGUGUCCGUCAUACUGUGUCUGGUGUGAAAUUAAAUGGCAAAAAUGUACCUUCAACGCCAUGUGCCACGCAUAAAAGUGUCAUAAGUACGCAGGGAGCCCACAAUGGCAAGCAAACACAAGUCACUGACUGCGACCUUAGGAAGUCCCAGUCCAAUAACAGCCUUAGCGGAUUCAGAGAAGCAGAUCCCUCGAUAGGAGAUGAUCACCGGUUGCUGAACCAAAAAGUCGAUAUCACAACCGAUGGCAUGUAG